CGGCACUCGCGUGUUUGGAUCUGCGCCUUCUCCUAGCCCCUUCCUUCCUUCCUUCCCUCCUCCCUUCAUUCCUUGGAGACAUGGCGAUGGCGGCGCCCAAGCUCAAGGUGCCAGGCCUGUGCCUGCUGCUGCUGAUCAUGCCACUCCUCUUGCUCCCUGGAUGUCAAGGGGCGACUUGCAGGGAGCCGAGCAAGACCUAUACUGCUCCCAACUGCGCGACCGGCCGAUGCGUGGAGCACUGCCAAAUGGAGGGCUUCCGCGGCGGGGUGUGCGAGGGGAACUACUUCGACCCCUACAAGAUAGUCUGCUUCUGCAACAAAAACUGCUGAGCAGCCAGCGAUGGCGCAUUGCUUCCGGGGGUGUAAUAAGAUGUUUGCCAAGGCGAGCCGUCGUCGAUGCGCCAUUCACACAAGUUGAAGCUGUAACAAGUUUCAUCUGUACCAAUUUUAUUUUCAACUGCUCGUCUCCCGGUUCGAGAUUGGUCGAGUAUUUGACAAAAAACUACCACAUUAGGGGUAUCCGUCCCACAGAACUACCACUUUCAAAAAAGUGACUAAU